AUGGAAAGCAGACAAUCUGGAACAGCUUUUCUUACUGGUCCUAGUAGGAACAUGUGGCAUGUGGACUUGAUUCAGCAGAAUGAUGGUUUAUUCUUCCACAAAGGAUGGCCGGCAUUUGUGAGCGAUCAUCUUAUAGAACAUGGUGACUUAUUGGUUUUCAGAUAUGAUGGUGAGUUGAACUUCACUGUGCAAGUGUUUGAUCAAAGUGCGUGUGAGAAAGAAGCUGCAUUUCAUGCGAAAUGCAACCAAGAACAUGGAACAUUUGAUCAACAUGCGAAGAAGAAGAGAGAAAGAGAAGAAAUGGUAGAUUCAUUGGAUAGAGAUUCCGAAGGGUUGUUAAAGAAAAUUAGAGAGAACUCUUCUGAACUCCAACCCGAAUGUAUAGACAAGAACCAGGACACUGAUGUGGAUAUAAAUGUUAAGAAAAAUUUUGGGCAUGAGAAACAAGUUACCUGUAAAGCUUAUGGAGAGGCAAAUUCCUCUAAAGAAACAAAGCACUAUGGAACUCCAUAUGGGAUUUUCUCUAUGCCAUCUCAGUCAAAACGUCUUGACAAAAGAAAAGGUAAAGGUUGUUGUGCUUUGUUCAUGUAUAAAUGA